GAAGGUUGGCAGCUUGCUGGAACAAAAUUGUGUGCGUUCACCAUGUUAUUUCUGGGAACACGUCAAAUGCAUUUGGUUGUCAGACCAUUGUCUACCGUGAAAACUUCUCUUUUCUAUUCCACUUCUUCACAUGUUCCAGCCAGGGCUAUGGUUUACGCACAAUACGGUAAACCCUCAGAGGUGUUGAGAGUGCAUAAGCACGCAUUGCCCGAUAUAAAGCCACAGGAUGUCCAUAUUCGCUUUCUAGCCGCCCCUAUAAACCCUGCUGACUGCAAUCAAGUUGAAGGCGUCUAUCCCAUCAAGCCGCCAUUCAAUACGUCACUUGGCAGUGAUGAGCCAGUCGCUGUAGGAGGCAAUGAAGGCGUGGCAGAAGUCAUUGCUCUAGGUGACCAAGUGAAAGGCUUCAAUGUGGGCGAUAAAGUAGUCAUGGCUCAGGCAGGAAGAGGCACCUGGAGGACCCAUGCAGCUCUGCCCGCGUCCGAAGUGCAGCUUUUGCCGGGAUUCAACAACCAAGUCAGCCUGGUUCAUGCCGCUACUCUAACUGUCAACCCGUCGACAGCCUAUCGCAUGUUGAACGAUUUUGUUGAACUGAAAGAAGGGGAUUAUGUCAUACAGAAUGGCGCCAAUAGUGCAGUUGGACAAUUCGUCAUCCAGAUCGCUCAUGCCUGGGGGCUAAAGACGAUCAACGUUGUGCGUGAUCGACCUAACCUAGAUGAGCUGAAAGAAUAUCUCACAUCUUUGGGUGCCACGCAUAUUCUGACGGAAGAAGAACUAAGUAAGCGGGAGACAAGAUCCAAGUUGAAAGGUUGGCUCGAUGGCAGAAAGCUUCGCUUAGCGCUCAACUGUGUUGGCGGAAAAAAUGCCACAGAAUUAGGACGAUACCUAGACCAUGAAGGAAAGCAUGUUACCUAUGGAGCUAUGUCUAAGCAGCCCAUGGCUGUACCUGCAGCCCCUUUGAUUUUCAAAGAUGUGUCAUACCACGGAUUCUGGGUAUCACGAUGGACAGACACACAUAGCAGACAAGAAAGGGAAGCCAUGUUUGGCGAUCUGAUCGAUCUCAUCAAACAAGGAAAGUUACGUGAGCCUGUGUGGGAGAAGGUUUCUUGGAAGCUCAAUGCAUCGGAACAAGAAAUCGAGACUGCAUUCAAAGAAGCAGUGGAUAAGGGAAUCACUGGCUUUGGUAAAGGCAAGCAGAUCGUCUUCUUUGAGGACUAGAUGUUCAUAGAGGCACUGUACAGAGACGUUUUUAUAAAUAAACGCUAUCCUAUUCUACAAUGUGUUGCAAGCGAUAGACAAUUACCUAGAGCACUUUGCUAUAU